AUGCGGUGCGAACGAAAAUUCGGCGCAGAUGUUAUGUACUACGCCAGAGAAACUUUCAUACGCAAAUUCAAGAGAGAACAUUGCCGCGUUAACUAUGACCGGCCUUUCACAUGUUACAAGUGCGGUAAGCGUUAUACGUGGACGGACUCCUUGACAAGGCAUCUACGCGAAGGAUGCGGCGUAUUACCGAAGCACAUUUGCACGAUUUGCGGCAGGAAAUUCCGGCGCAAGGAUUAUUUGCUACGCCACGAAAAUCAUAUUCAUAAAUAGGAAAAUUUGUGUUCCUCUAUACGAAUCCGUUGUUGAAAAUAACCAAGUCUAUAUCUCGAAAAAUGCGAUUACUACAACCUGAACGAUAUAA